UUUCUUGCUGCUUUGAUCUGCUACAGUGCAUUCCUCAUGGUUGAGCUUGACACCUUUGAUGGCAUAUCCUCAUUGAAACCGUAUGAAUGGAUAGUUUAUGUAUAUACUUUCGCUGAUAUGCUGGAGGAGUAUCGAAAUUUGGCCACUAUACCAAAAUGGUCCAAAAAUACCAAGCAUCCAGGAGGUCAUUCUUGGUGGUAUAAACUGAAGAAAUAUCUGUACAAUUUCUGGAAUAUAUUAGACGUCGUAUCCUAUAUUCUAACAAUCAUUGCGAUAGCCACACGAUCAAGGCGAUUUUACAGUUUGAGUCUGUUUACUAUGUACAUGCGAUUCCUUUUCGUUCUUCUAAUGACGCGGCAACUUGGACCAAAGAUAAUUAUGAUCAAGGAAAUGUUGAAAGACCUUUUUCGGUUCUUUGGUAUUCUAUUUGUGUUUAUGAUUGGAGUUGGUGUAUUAUAUCAUGCAAAUAUGUACCCAAAGCACGAGGAUAUGUGGAAUCAAUCAGGCGUGGAAUACUGGAGAAUAUGGAAAAUCAUCUCUGUUCCCUACUGGCAGAUUUAUGGCGACGCAAACACUGACCAAUUUGAAGGAAACAGCAGAACACAAUGUACAUCCAACCGAACAGAGUGGGAAAACAAUCCUGAUAUCGAACGUUGUAAUCAGUAUGAUUGGAUACUGGUUGUGAUUGCUGCGUUUUACAUGCUGAUUUCAAAUCUACUGCUUGUUAACCUUGUAAUUGCUUUGUUCAGCUAUCGCUUUGAAAAAGUUCACCAGAAUUCGGAGAAGAUUUAUCGACAUGUGAGGUAUAGUGUUAUAAUGGACUACAAAUCAAGAAUACCAGCACCUUUAAAUCUCAUCAUUAGACCACUUUAUAUUGUUUAUUCAGUUUGGAUAAGAAGCAAUAAAAAAGAAGAGACAGGAGAGAAGAUUAAUAGCAAACUAAGAGUUCUACAAUCUGUGAUGUCAUCCGAAUAUGUAUAUCAAAUUUGAAAUUAUAGUACAGACAGUUUAUAUCUUAGAUUGUACGGAAAUACCGUGACGUUGUAUUAAUAAGAACGGGGAAUGCGAAUAUUGAAACUUAUUUCUAUUAACAAAUUGAUCGUCUAUGUAAUUCAAAUAAAAACUAAUGCAAAAAUAACCAAUCAAAUAUAAAAAUGAACUUGAAUACAACCUUGUUACGAACUGUCGUGAAUAACAAACUAAUCAUGCCGUUCAUUGUUACAUGAAUACAUAACACUGGGUUUUUGUGAUAGAAUAAAGAGCAUGUAUGGUAAACAUUAAGAAUGGGAAUGGUAAUGUGUUAAAGAGCCAACAACCCGACAAUAAACAUCAAAGUUCUUUCAUUGGUUCCUUUUAAAUAUUUCGGAGUUUAGUAUGACUUCCAAUACCACUGCACUAGUACACGCUUUGUUAAUGGGGCAGCCGAAGCAUGCCUCUGCAAGAUUUU